AUGGCGAUAGUGAACAGAGAGGAUGAUGAUGAGGAAUCGACCCAGCGUCAACACACGGAGUCUGACCGCCCAAGUAGUGAUGUUGUAACAGCAGCAUCUGAAGAGGCUGGAUCUUCCGGAAGUGGAGGGGUGGAGGAAAGACCUGAUGAAGGAAGUCCUUGUGGGCACUCUCAAGCUUCAAGUGAAGAAAUGAUUGCGCAUCCCGGAGGAGGAGAUGUUCCAGCUAUCAAGGAAGAGCCAUUAGAUCAAGAAGACGCUGCGAUGGAGGAAAUCGUUCCACCUGAGCAACGUGCGUUACCUGUUGUAGAGGUUAAGGCGGAGAUUGCUUUGGAAAGAGACUCAUAUGAACAUUUCGCCGUCUCUUUGGCAUGUGGUGAUGGACCAUGUGUGGAAGAACUCGUUCACCGAGUCAUCCGAGGCACCGCUCAGUCAAGUGAUCCCGUGCCACCGGAUACGGCUCUUCCCACCACUUCCAGCCAAUCUACCAGGAGUGCAAUCACUUCGCAUCCUGAUGCACCGCGGUCUUCUAAUAUGGAUGUUGAGACAGCAUCCGAUUUUCAAAUGGAAGUAGGAACAGACGAAUCUGGGGUGGAGCCUUUGCAAACAGAAAAGGAAAAUCUGCAGUUGAAAGAAGGCGAGUUCCCUUUCUCCAUCACUUGUCUCAAGCGGAAAAAUUAUUUCUUAUGGGUAUUUCUAUAA